GUUGCCGCGGCUGGUCUGUGCCAUGCUCAGCGUGUAUCUUCUUGCACCAUCUCGGGCUUUGUGUAGGAUGCAGAUGCUGUGGUAUAUGGUUCUGUAAUGUGCACGUAAAUAACGUUUCCUGCACGCUCUCCUCUUUAGCUGGAAAGCGCUCCUUUUUUUGGGAAUAACGUUUCUUGGAAUUGGACUGUGGGCAUGGAAUGAAAAAGGAGUUCUGUCCAACAUCUCUUCCAUCACCGAUCUCGGCGGCUUUGACCCAGUUUGGCUCUUCCUUGUGGUGGGAGGAGUGAUGUUCAUUUUGGGAUUUGCAGGGUGCAUUGGAGCGCUACGGGAAAACACUUUCCUUCUCAAGUUUUUUUCUGUGUUCCUGGGAAUUAUUUUCUUCCUGGAGCUCACUGCCGGAGUACUAGCAUUUGUUUUCAAAGACUGGAUCAAAGACCAGCUGUAUUUCUUUAUAAACAACAACAUCAGAGCAUAUCGGGAUGACAUUGAUUUGCAAAACCUCAUAGACUUCACCCAGGAAUAUUGGCAGUGCUGUGGGGCUUUUGGAGCUGAUGAUUGGAACCUAAAUAUUUACUUCAAUUGCACAGAUUCCAAUGCAAGUCGAGAGCGAUGUGGCGUUCCAUUCUCCUGCUGCACUAAAGAUCCCGCAGAAGAUGUCAUCAACACUCAGUGUGGCUAUGAUGCCAGGCAAAAACCAGAAGUUGACCAGCAGAUUGUAAUCUACACGAAAGGCUGUGUGCCCCAGUUUGAGAAGUGGUUGCAGGACAAUUUAACCAUCGUUGCUGGUAUUUUCAUAGGCAUUGCGUUGCUGCAGAUUUUUGGGAUAUGCCUGGCCCAGAAUUUGGUUAGCGAUAUCGAAGCUGUCAGGGCGAGCUGGUAGAGCCCCUGCAGCCGCUGCUGCAAGACACUGGACAGACCCAGCUUUUGGGACCCUCCCACGUGCCGAACUCAUCUUCAAGCUGCACGGACCUCAUCACAGAUGCAGCCCGCAGUCUCGCCUAAUGGAGCUGCCAUUUGUGGGGUAAAACUGGGAAAUGCUGCUCACUGACAGAAUUAAAAAACAAAAAUAACCAGUAUGAAAGUCGUUGCGCCGUGAAUCUCUACUGUAGCCAUGAAUUUAUGGACAGUUGGAUGCUUACCAAAAAAGAAAAAAAGGGAGGGUGGGGGACCCAGAUGUACUUGAAUGUGCGGAAAAUGCAGUCUUGUCCUCAUCUUCCAUAACUGGAGGGCUGGGAAGGCAGCUUUGCUCUUCGCCACACCUUGGACGGACCACCUUCUGUUCCAUGGUCUGAAGGAGUGCAUCUCCUCAAAGACUCAGCCCCUCACCUGGGAGGGCAGUGGUUUGUCGGCAUCCCUCCAUGUACGUUUUAGGAAACACGUGCCACUCUGAUCUGAAGAAGAAAACAACUCGUCUUGGGUUCAGAUUUUGUGAUGGUAUUCAAGUCACUCGGGCGAGCGCACUUGGUCUAUCCUGGAAAGUCUCCUUAUAACAGAAGUUGUGUAUUUCAUGUGCACCGAGCAAGGGCAUCGGAAGACUUCAUGAGGCUGUAUUCUAGCAGGACUGCUCUUUUUUCUAAGUAGGCCGGAGCUUUAUCAGUGAAAUUCAAGGAGAAAAUGAGGUUAAUGAAGGAGGUAUCAGUUAAAUACCCCCUUCUUCUCACCCUGCCAAAAUUAGCAGUUGAAUUUUUGGAAACUCUGGAAUACUCUGGGUCAUUUUGUUUUGUAUGUUUGUUGUUUUUCGUCUUCCAAAGGUGAAAGCUAUGAUAUGGUUCCACUUAAAUUUUAGUGUUUUCUUACUCAGCUCAAGCAUUAAUUUUUGAUAAAAUCUUAACCUGCAUGACCUGUGAAUCUGAAUCUAUCAUCUCCCUUUCCUGCCGGCUUUUCUACAAACAUUGAAAUAUGUUAUUUGGUCAACACUUAUUUCCUAGGUUCACAGCCUUGGGAGGUUGUGGCAUGUCCUCCCAGCCUGGCUGGGAAGAGACCAGCUGUACCAUCCAAAUGCUUCCCUGGUCUCAGUGAUCUCUUCCAGAGUCAAUCUGAGUGGCCUCUUCUGCACCCUCCCCUUCUUUCUCUUUGAAUGGAAUUAAACCCGAUUUUGAAACAACAUUGACCCAGUCAAAAGCUCCUAAUGAUUUCUUUUUCUUCCUCUUUAGUUUGCUUUUAUUAAAAAAAGAAAAUAGUGCAUGGCCAUAGCUCCUUCAGUUCUCUUAUUGCAGACUAACCAUCAGGAUGGUAUCAAAGCACAAAUACUUUGGAGGGGAAUGCGUUGAACUGGGGCAAGUACUGUGUAACACAAAGUGGAAAACCACUUCCUGGUGCUGCCGCUCCUGCCCCCACUUUAGGUGGGAGGAACGAGUUUUGCCCUCUAGAUUUUAACCCAGCUGGUGUCCACCGGAUGUUGCCCUCCUGGGGAGCAGAUAUCAGUCUGUGGAACGCUGGGAAAACCACAGGCACAUUUUUCGGUGCGGACAGAAUUGCCAGCACAUAACUGGGCAGCCAGCUAGCAUACUUUGUGGAAAUUAAGCGAGGUUUUCCAUUUCAGCCCCAUGGUGCGUGGUGGUGGCUGAUGAAUAUGUCAGUCUGCUCAGAGAAAGGACAGAAAGGAAAUUCUUUUCAAAACUGUGUUCACAGUUUGGGUGUGUGUAUGGCUCUGCAUGUGUGUGUUUUUGUCUCUGUAUAGGUAGAGGUGUUCACGUCUUACUCCGACCGUAAGGUUGUCUGACUUCAUCUCUGCCCCCACCACAGUUGCCAUUUUGUAAUGUCCUUCCAACAUGGAGAAGACACGAGCUCUCCAGUUGGCAUCGUUUGUCUUUUUUGUUGAUUGCCUCAUUCUCCAUUGAACUCCAUCUGGCCAGUUGAUUCAGAAUCAGGCAAGAUCCCUGCCCUUUGGCACAUUCACUGAAAGGCCAAACAGCAAGUCCGAGUGAGUUUUAAAUAUUAAUUAAUCACCCUUUAUUUUUUACACUUUGAGAGUGAUUGUAAUAAAGGCUGUCAUUAAUAAACCUGGUUCUACCUUA